CUCUUUUUUUUUUUUUAAUUUUUUUUUCUUUUUCUUUGACGUAACCUUCAACUCCCCACUCUUUACUCCUGUCUAACUUUCUAUCAGAGAAAUUCUUACCCUCUCUCUUUUUCUUAUAUGCUCUCUCCCUAACACCUUGUUGAAAAAGUCCUGGUCGUUCAUCUUCCUCCAAUCCUCAACCGCAUGCCUUCUAAUUCGACUAUCGCUACACGUCCACAUACGCCACCGGAUCAAGUCGACAUGACGCAUUCCGGUCAGGCGCAUACGCCUUCGCCAGCCAUGUCCCCCAAUAAAACUAUGGGUCCAACUAGUCCCUCACCUGCUCCAUCACACACUUCCGCUCCAGCUGGACCUACAUCCAAGGAUCUUGACCAGGAUAAGACAUAUGGUCUUGGUCAUCGACGGGCUCUUUCAAAUAAUGACGGUCAACAGCAUCCUCCAUCAUCUCCAGUAUCUCAUCACUCUCCCUCUGGCAGGUCAAAUACUCAGCCGCCAUAUGGCGAUUCUCAUCAACCACGCAUGGAUGAACAUCGUGGAUACAAUGGUACAUCCGGGCAUGAGCAUCGUGCCCCGUGGCCACAGUCGCAAGCCAAGGAUAAUGUGUACAUGGACACUCGUGAGCACGAGCGUCAUCCGCCUUCAAGCUCGUAUCACAACGAAGCUUAUUACAAUAAUUCCUCUACGGCUUGGUCACGCCCCGCAUCGCCUUCUGCCAGCAAUAGACAUUUAUCGUUUACCCGUCAUGCACCCGUUAUGCGACCUCGCUCGCCUCCACAUUAUCCAAUGCGCCCACCACACCCAGAUAUGUCACUACAGAGAAAUUACUCCGAAUCUACAUAUCCAACCAUGACUCCGUCCCAUGACUCGUCAGAAUCAUAUCAAGGCAAACGUCAUCGACACAAUUCAGACUCCGAUGGAUAUUCAGACCAUGAGAGUCGGUAUCGGUAUGGCCAGAUCAGCGAUCCGAAAUCGCAUCACAUGCCACACCGUGAACGUGAACCAUAUCAUGGUACACCUUAUCAAUACACAGAUCCGAAUGUUGUAAAACCUCACCAUCAAGCCUAUGCCGAUUAUUCGAGAGAUUACCACGCAUAUUCAGGUUCUGCUCCUGUUGAUGGGCUACCACCACUUGCCCCCCGACCUCCUCGAUAUCCCGGUUCUGAAGAUUCAGGGCUUGGCAGAGCUAAUCAUUCUCAACAGCAACACUAUAACUCAGGACAGCAUCAACAAAAGAAGGAUGAGCCUUUCAAGAUCCAAUCUGCUCGCGGUACCCCUAAAGGACCUCUUCCUAUUGAUAUUCAGAUUAGCUUAUUGACCAGUGUCCUUCAACAUGAUCCGUUUAAUUGCGCUAUCCGAAAGACCACCCAAGCAUGGGAGAUGAUUUCUAGAGAGCAGGGUAUCAGAGCGAGAACUUGCUCUCGACGAUUCGAUAAUAUCAUCCAGGCAAGCAUUGCUGGACGUGACCGACCAGUAGGGACGGAGGAGCAACAAGCAACAAAGAAGAAACUGUUGGAGCAGCUCUUUGAUAUGAUGAACCAGCCUCAGGCACUCAAAAGGAUGCAGAAAAAGCGCCGAUAUCGUUCUGAAGAUACAGAUAGACGCCUUCUUCUUGAGACCAUCCGACUAAAUCCUUUUGCGCAGAAAGUGGGCCAGGUUGCAAAGGCCUGGGAAGAUGUGCGUGAUGCUCUUGGAAUGAAGGUCCACGCCCGUCAGUGUAUUCGAAGAGUGAACAGGAUGGUUAAGCCCUAUCAACUACGAGAGCGAAUGUACAAGGGCAACAUUCCAGAUGACAUGAAAGAAGCCAAUGAUGAUCUUGUCAAGCAAGUUAUCAAUCUUAUGAAAAUGUCAGGUCAAGGAGGAUCUCUGGAUGAGGGUAACUCGGGUGAUGACGAUAGUGGAUCAGGCAUGUCAGAUUCUGAUGAACAGGAGGAUACCUUCAUGGAAUCCAAAGAUCAGAGCCAGCCUCAGGAAGACGAUGAGCUUGAGGAAGAUGAGGAUCAAGACAUGAAGUCCCGUAGUGAUACAGAGCAACAAAAAACGUCAAAAAACCAGGAAGAAGGCACUCAACCCGCAACUAUUACGCCCGUCUCCCCCUCUGCUCCAGCACUUCCUUCCCCGUCUACGCAACCAACAACGCCUUCGAACUUAACUUCAGCACCCCCUAUCCCCUCUGGAUCCUCAUCUACUCCGGUCACACCUGCUAAGAGAGGCCGUCCUCGCAACCCGGUUCCCUCUGCUCCCUCCAACAGACCUUCUAGCCGCAAUUCUUCGGACAGAACACGAAGUCUACCAGUACAAAACGCAGAUGGGAAUAUUAAAGAUGGACAGCAUCCAAAUCGCACUUGGGAAGUUGAAGGAACUGAGCCAAAAACAUAUCAAUCUCCAACAAACGGUUCUCCUGAAAAUCCUAAGCAAGGAUUAGCAAUGCAAUCUACACCGCUAUCAUCCCCACUUCCAGUUCAUACACCUCCCAGCGCGGAGCCGCAUGCUCCCAGCCACUCGCGUCACUACUCCCAGGGCGACUUUGCUGAGCCUACAGAGGGUAGAAGACCCAUAAAGCAUGCACGAACUGGUAGCAGGAGUAUGCAUGACGCUAUGGAUAUCUCACGUUCAGAUAGGACAAGACCUGCAUCACCCACUAGUGGUCGGCAGAUCCCUGUCCACGGUCAGCAUAACCGCGAAAGAGAAGAGCCUAACUAUCGAUAUAGCAGCGGAUACUCUAGCAGAGGACCCACAGUUGACUCUCAUGGUCGCCCUAUUCAACCUUCCCCACCUUCUCGCGACAUGGCUGUACCCGAUGCUAUGACGUCUGCCCCUUCCUUCCAGCAGUAUAGGGAUGUUCUCACUGAACUACACAUCAUGCGAGAGUACCUGUCACAAUUGGACGUGUACAGACGAUCGGAUUUGGAGAAGCAAGACUCCAUGAUGUAUAUGGUUGAGAAACUCCAGCAUCAGAUGCAGCAACAGCAACAGCAGAUAUCUCAUUUGCAGCAUCAACUUCGGUAUGGCGGCUAUGCACCACAGCAGCAACAGCAAGGUGGUCCUCCUCCACCCCACUCACCACAUCAAUCUCAAGCGGUAGGUUCGUCAGGAUCUGCUUCAAGUGGACCAUCCUCGAAUAAUGGUCGAUAUACGCCACAUCAUUCCGGUAUGGACGGGAGACCUGUGGACCGUCACGGACAGGAAAUGCCACAUCAUGUGUCGUAUUCGCGCUCUGAUGCUCAUUACUCAGCUUCUCGGGAUCGCGACCCCCGUUAAUUCUUCGGUCAUGUCACUUUCCUGUAUACACACCUGUCGCUUUUUUUUUUUAUGCUUUCUGUAUCCACUUAUAGAUUCCAUUCGUUGCUAUCGCGCAUAUACC